AUGGCUUCCGAGUUCAUCGGGUAUAAUGUCCUGGUCACCCUGCGAGUGCCGCCCAAUGCAAGCGUCCAGGGUCAGGUGUCUGAUGUCGUCGGACAACGGCUGAUGCUUCGCAAUGUGACACUGUCGUGGACCGGCCAGCGACUCCCCGUCUACUCGAUUGACGCCCCCGACAUCGCGGACCUCUCGCUGGGAACGCAGGGAACACAGCCCGUCCAGGAGGGUCAAGUGGCGGCUCCGGCUUCGUAUGCUCCGACCGCGCCGCAAUCGUUUGUCGAUCCCGCGAUCUUGAGCUUUUCGAAACCUCCCGCCCAGCAAGCCCCCCCGGCCCCCGGACCUCGAGGCCCACCCCUGCCAACUACGCCGCUUGACAACACCGCCGUUCCACAACCCCAUCUGGCUCAGCCAGCGGAUCGAGAUCGCCCGGUUCUUUUGUCCACCCUGUCCCAGCCGUUCAACAGUCUGGAGCUGAGUGCGGGGGACGGGACCGAGGGGUUGCGGAGUGCCCCGCAGGAGGAGGAUGAAAACACACCCACAACCACCCACUUCAGUACGAAGCGUGGGCGUCGCCCCGGUCAGAACAAACCGCAGGGGAGCCUCAACGAGCACGACGGCGCCUCGAACCUGAACCCGAAGACCAAGGGCUGGCGUCAAACUGCCUUUGUGGAACCGGUCAACUCGCCCCUGUCGUACCGCGAAAAGCAGGCCUCGUUGAAUGGGCGGCGGGGCAAGAGGAGGAACAACCGCAACGCGUAUGCCGAAGAUCAGAACGGGUGGGCGACGGAAGAGGCGACGGACAUCCAGGAGAUGGGCGAGUUCGAUUUCCAGAGCAACCUCUCCAAAUUCGACAAGAGACGGGUCUUUGAGGAGAUUCGCAACGAAGACACCACCGCGGACGAAGAGCGGCUGGUGAGCUUCAACAAGCUCCCGAAACCAGGGACGAAUGGCGGUAAGAAUCUCCACUGGACGGAGAACGUUCUGGAUAGUCCCCCGGAGAGUGAAGCCGGGGAUUCGGAGCGGGAUCCCAGCGACACCCGGCUGAGCAGCGGGACCUACUCCGGACGAGACCACUCCAAAGCCUCCGCCCGGCCCUCAACGGCGUCGCGCAAAGGCAGCGGGGUCGUGGGAUCGACCUUACUCCCGCCUCAGGUAGCGGCGCUGGGCCGGGGCCCGCUGGGCGCCUCACGCAACUCCAGCCCCCGCCCAGGCAAAACAUCGGCCACCGCCUCCCCCGUCGCGGGGCCGGGCGUGUCCGCCGGGACCCUGCGCCUGAUCACCACGAAUCGCAGCUGUCCGACCGUCAGCCCGCUGCAGACGUUGGAGGUGGAGCAGAUCACGAUCGCCGAACUGGGCCUGACCGAGGAUAUGAUCACCGAAAACGCCGGCCGGGGAAUCGCCGAGGCGGCCGUGGGGCUCCUGGCCAACGACGCCGCGGCGCCGACGAUCCUGGUGCUGACGGGGAACCAUCGCACGGGGGCUCGGGCCGUCACCGCCGCCCGUCAUCUGCGCAACCGGGGCCACCGGGUGACCGUGUGCAUGCUAGGGCUGGAGCAUGAGAACGAGCUGUUGGAAAGCUGCCAGAAACAGCUAGAGGUCUUCAAGAAGAUUGGCGGACGCGUCUCCCGCUGGGAAGACAUCUCCACCAAGAUGUCCAACUCGGACUUUGGCCCGGACCUAAUCGUGGAUGCCCUGUUCGGGAUCCAUCUGGCGUUUGACGACCUGCGCACCGACGACCAGGCGGCGGCCUUUGAGAUGAUCUCCUGGGCAAACCGGAGCAGUCUCGACAUUCUCUCGGUUGACGUCCCGUCGGGGCUGUCGGCAACGAGUGGUGAGGUGACGGUCGUGGAAGGCGGGCGGCUAUACGUCCACGCCAAGGCGGUCGUGGGUCUGGGAGCACCCAAAACCGGGAUCAUCAACGCUCUGGUGGCGGGCGAAAGUCUGGGGGUCUUGUCCGUGGCGGACAUCGGUAUUCCCCAGAUCGUCUGGCGGAAAUACGGCACUCGCCGACGACACGGGAUCGAUUUCGGGAAUCGCUGGGUGGUUCCUCUUCGCUACCAAGCCUCGUCCAUCACACACUCGGAGUGGGCAUCGGAGGAUGCCUUCUCGGCCAAUGCAGGAGCCGGCCUGGGCAAGGCGCGACGCGGCGAACACGGGGCGUUCAAGCGUCUCCCCUUCAACUUCUGCUCGCUGUCGUUGCAGCCGUACGCGCAUCCCGUGUGCACGCAGUCGGGCACCAUCUUCGAUCUGACCAACAUCGUCCCCUGGAUUAAGAAACACGGCACGAACCCCGUCGACGGCACGCCGUUGAAGAGCGCCGACCUGAUCAAACUCCACCUGGCGAAGAACGAGGCCGGCGAAUACAUCGACCCUGUGACCUACAAGGUGCUGACGGACAACACGCACAUCGUCGCCCUGCGCAAUACCGGGAACGUGUUCGCGUGGGACACGGUGGAGCGGCUGAACAUCAAGGGCAAGCUGUGGCGCGACCUGGUCACGGACGAGGAGUUUGGCCGGAAGGACAUCAUCACCCUCCAGGACCCGCAGAACAUCGAGUCGCGGAAUUUGAGCGCCUUCCACUACCUGCAGGCGGGGGAGAGUGGGCUGACGGAGGAGCAGCAGCAGGAGCGGGCGUCGGGCAGCGUCAACGCCGAUGCGCUGGGCAGCUCGGCCAAGAUCCUGAAGGCGAAGGAGGCAGUGGCCAAGGCGCGGGCGGAACGCGCGCAGCGGGGCUCCGCGGGGGCCGUCUCCCAGUCCUCAACGGAGGGUGGGGUCCGGGCGGGUUCGCGAGCCUCCAACCAGGCGGCCGCGGCGGGGUCGCGGAAACCGGUGCCCUACAACGCGGCCCGACACACGACUGGAAUGGCAGCGGCGUCGCUGACGAGCACGGGGCUAACGCCGCACACGUCGGGCGAACUGGCGCUCUUGUCGGACGAGGAGUACAUGCUCCGACGGGGGCGCGUCAAGCAGAAGGGGUACGCGCGCCUGUCCACCAACCUGGGAGACGUCAACGUGGAGCUCCAGACGGAGUACGCGCCCAAGGCGGUGUGGAACUUCAUCAAGCUGGCGAAGAAGGGCUACUACCGGGACGUGGCCUUCCACCGCAACAUCAAGGGGUUCAUGAUCCAGGGCGGGGAUCCGUCGGGGACGGGACGCGGCGGGGAGAGCAUCUGGGGGAAGUACUUCAACGACGAGUUUGAGGGACCGCUGAAGCACGAUUCCCGGGGGACGUUGAGCAUGGCCAAUAAGGGGAAGAAUACCAACAGCAGCCAGUUUUUCAUCGCCUACCGCGCCCUACCGCACCUGAAUCUCAAGCAUACCAUCUUUGGCCACGUCAUCGACGACCCGACACCGUCGUCGGGCACACUCGACCGCAUGGAAACCAACCCAGUGAACCCGUCCACCAAUCGACCGACCCCGGACAUCCGCAUCCACGACGUGACCAUCUUCGUGGACCCCUUCGAGGAGUUCCUGAAACAGCGGCAAGCUGAGGCUCGGGGGGAGACCCCCAACGACCGCCCGGCGGACGGCUCCUCGCAACAGGACACCAACGACAACACCGACGACGAUCGGGUCACCUGGACCGGCAAGCGGAUCCGUGGUGCAGGCGGCGCCGAGGACGCGAGCGGCGGCGCAGGAGUCGGGAAAUACCUGCGGGCGGCGCUGGCGGAUCGGGGCCCAGAGACGGAGGAUGAGAUCGUGGAGGUCCUGGAGGAUGAACCCGAGCCCGAGCCGGCGCGCAAGAAGAUGAAGGGGCGGGGAGGGUUUGGGGACUUCAGCUCGUGGGAUUAACUGGGAUUGAGCGAUUACCCGAUAUAUGGAAUUGUAUGCACUAUGUAGAUAUAUCUGACUGGGACUGGAUGGUCCCUGGAGGACCCGUCCCACCACUUGCA